AUGGAUGACAACUUCAAAGACCGGACAGCCUUCAUCAGAGGGGCCAAGGACAUUGCCAAGGAGGUGAAGCGGCAGGCAGCUAAGAAGGUGGCCAAAGGUACAGACCGACUCCAGGAUGAAUACAGUCGGCGCUCCUACACACGAUUCCAGGAAGAGGAUGAUGACGAUGAUUACCAGCCACAAUAUAGCUACUCACGUGGAAACGACGAAGAAGGAGGCUCAAGUGAUGCCACUGAGGGCCAUGAUGAGGAAGAUGAGAUCUAUGAGGGGGAAUAUCAGGGUAUUCCCCAUGCCAACAAGAUGGCAGAUGACCACAUUGCUAGCACGCAGCCCAUGGUGGACGAUUUCAGGGACUAUGAGGAGAUGGAAGGUGAACGGGAGAAGGAGAAGGAACAGCUGGCCCAACAGUAUGAGCUCAUCUUACAGGAGUGUGGUCAUGGCCGCUUCCAGUGGACAUUAUACUUUGUUCUAGGCCUGGCUCUCAUGGCAGAUGGGGUGGAGGUCUUUGUGGUUGGAUUUGUGCUGCCAAGUGCUGAGAAGGACAUGUGUUUAUCUGACUCCAACAAGGGCAUGCUUGGGCUGAUUGUGUAUUUGGGGAUGAUGGUGGGGGCCUUCCUCUGGGGAGGUCUUGCAGACAGAAUGGGCCGCAGGCAGUGUCUGCUCAUCUCUCUCUCAGUAAACAGUGUCUGUGCUUUCUUCUCAUCCUUUGUGCAAGGAUACGGGACCUUCCUCUUCUGCAGACUUCUGUCUGGUGUUGGAAUUGGUGGUUCCAUUCCCAUUGUGUUUUCUUACUUCUCGGAGUUCCUCGCCCAGGAGAAGCGAGGGGAGCACCUGAGCUGGCUUUGCCUGUUCUGGAUGAUUGGAGGAAUUUAUGCCUCAGCAAUGGCGUGGGCCAUCAUCCCUCACUAUGGCUGGAGUUUCCAGAUGGGAUCAGCAUAUCAGUUCCACAGUUGGCGAGUCUUUGUUCUUGUCUGUGCUUUUCCUUCCGUCUUUGCGAUUGUGGCCCUCAACUUCAUGCCUGAGAGUCCUCGCUUCUACCUAGAGAAUGGCAAACACGAUGAGGGUUGGAUGAUUCUCAAACAAGUUCACGACACCAACAUGAGGGCCAAAGGCUUCCCAGAACGGGUCUUCUCUGUAACACACAUUAAAACUCCCAAACAGCUGGAUGAGCUGAUCGAGAUCCAGUCAGAUACAGGCACUUGGUACCGGCGCUGGCUAGUCCGCUUCACCAAUAUCUUUCAGCAGGUUCGGAGCAACUUCCUGCAGUGUUUCUCAAUCCAGUACCGCCGCACCACGUUGCUCAUGAUGGCAGUUUGGUUCACAAUGGCCUUCAGUUACUAUGGUCUGACAGUGUGGUUCCCGGACAUGAUCAAACAUUUACAGAUGAUGGAGUACUCCUCACGCACUAAAGUCUUCUACAAGGAGAAGGUUGAACAUUUCACCUUUAACUUUACACUUGAAAAUCAAAUUCACAAGAAUGGUGAUUACUACAAUGACAAAUUUAUUGGGAUGAAGCUGAAAUCGGUGAUAUUUGAGGACUCCCUUUUUGAAGAAUGUUAUUUUGAAGACAUUACCUCCAGUAACAGUUUCUUCAAGAACUGCACCUUUAUCUCAACACUCUUCUACAAUACAGAUUUCUUUGACUAUAAGUUAAUGGGCUGUCGUAUGAUAAACAGCACCUUCCUACACAGUAAGGAGGGCUGUCAGCUUGACUUCAGCGAUGAUAACAACGCCUAUAUGAUCUACUUCGUUAGCUUCCUGGGAUCUCUGGCUGUACUGCCUGGAAACAUUGUAUCUGCUCUUCUCUUGGACAAGAUCGGCCGGCUUAGGAUGCUGGCUGGCUCCAGCACACUCUCCUGCAUCAGCUGCUUCUUUGUGUCCUUUGGUAAUAAUGAGUCUGCCAUGAUCGCUCUGCUCUGUCUAUUUGGGGGAGUCAGCAUAGCUUCAUGGAACGCACUAGACGUCAUUACAGUGGAACUCUAUCCAUCUGAUAAGCGGACCACAGCCUUUGGAUUUCUCAAUGCUCUGUGUAAGCUGGCGGCCGUACUGGGCAUCAGUAUAUUCCAAUCCUUUGUGGGGGUGACACGAGCAGUGCCCAUCAUGUUGGCCUCUGUUGCUCUGGCAUUGGGCAGUUACCUGGCGCUAAAACUCCCAGAGACUCGUGGCCAGGUGCUGCAGUGAGUCUGGCUUCAGCCAGAGCCCCUGUAGAUGUAGACACUGUGACUCAUCUUUCUCUGUUCUUUCAUAUUGUUUUUGUAUGUCUUCCCAUGUGGACAAGAAGUGAAACUCUAUAAAACUCAUUACCAACUCCUGCAGGAGAUGUAAAUAACCCUUCUGCUAUUUGUGUACACAAGUCUCACUGCACAGAUCACAGUGGUGCAAGGUGUAUGAAGAGCACAGACUAUAAUAACCCGGCAAACUCCAGGGCACAAAUCAUCUGCCGUGUAAUCUCAGGAACGGCAGUGUUCUGUAUGUAUUUCCUGGAUUGUUUUCAAAGUGUAAAUACAGCAUAGCUGAGGAUCCAGGACCAAUCCUGAAGCACAGUUUGCUAGGCCCUGACCAUGUGAUCUGUACAGUGAUCCAACUUUUCCAUUUACUGGUAUGAGGCAGAGUUUGUGCAAUUUUUAGUGUAGUUGUCCAGAGUAACUUUUUCCCUGUUAGAUUCAGUACAAUAAUCGAGUCCGAGGGUAAAGCACAGGGCUGUUGGGUAUGAUGGGGAAGCACAGGGAGAAUUUGUUCCUUUCCAUUUGAAACUGGUGAUUACUGGAGAGUAUGUUUUGUGUUGAAGGGCUUAGGAGCAAAGGGGGAUGGCUGGUUUGUGGGUGGGUGGAUGGAUGGAAUCAUCACAGUCAAUGGUUAAUUCCUAACCAGACCCAAUUAAUGAAUCUAAGUACAUCAACUGAGCCCUUUUGAGUCUGGUCAUCACUUACAAAUGAAAUGUUAAAAAUCAGAAUCUUAUUGCAAAUUCAAUCUCCUUUCCUAUCCCUCACUCCUUGUGUCUCCCUUUCCUGUACCUCUCCCUGACCCAUGGUGCUCACUUUAAGUAACAGUAGGCUGAUGUGGUGACAAUCAGUGGCUCUGUGGCUGUUGUAAGGAGUGAACCGUUGUCAAUUGCCAAAUAUUUUUCUACUCUGCGUCUGGUUUUAAUUCUCUGGUGAGAGGUUUGUUCAGACUUGUGAAUGCUGUAGAGUUAGAAACUAGUGUGUGUGAGUGUGUAACUGUUUUUGUGCAGUUGUGCCACUAUUCCUUGUUGUCUGUCUAUGUAAAAAACCUGUGAUAGAUGGAGGUUAUCUGUAUAGUUUCAGAUACAAUAGAGUAUAAUUGUAGUGUGUCUGAAUUUUAGCUGUUUUGUAUUAUAUUUAAAGAAAGAGAGGCCUC